AUGCAUAAUGAUGAUAAGUCCAACAAAAGGAUCAAUCAAAUUGAGACCUCUAAAUAUGAUGAAUCUCUCCCUUCUCAAACAUCAGGCACACAUCCAGCUGAUGAAAUUAUGGAUGAAUUGUCACAGGAUAACAAUCUCCUGAGCGCUGACAUAUUCUUUAUUAGCAAGCAAAUUGUUGAUAAAUUAAAAUUAAAUGUUAAUCCUACAGAAGGUCUAUUAUUACUAGCAGAUAAGGAUAAGACAUCCAAACGUUUAGGCGUAACCGAUAAGAUGAAUGUCGGAUAUAAAGGACAAACAAUAGUCCAUGAGUUUGAAGUGUUAAAUAUGAGCAAUGAAAUUGAUGCUAUUUUUGGUCGUGAUAUCCUACCUAAGCUUGGUAUUCACCUUGUUGGUGUUGCUACUAACUGGGAUGACAACAAAGUCGUCUAUGAUGACUCAAUCGAUGAUACGGAAUAUAUUCCUAAUAUAUCCAAUGCAGGUACACCUGACGAACAUGAGGCUCUCAUAUUAGCCUUACAGUCACAUAUUGACAAGAAUCAACAGAUUGAUGUUCAUUCACUCUGUAAUAUACCUGAGGCUGUUGUUCGAUUGGACACUCCAAAAGGCAAACAUGUCAAUGUACGACAAUACCCUAUUGCAAAUAAUAUGAUGCCUAUAUUUGAUGAAGCUGUUAAAACAUGGCUUGAAAAUGGCGUCAUUGUACCUGCACCUCCUACACCUUGGAAUAGUCCAAUUACCUUUGCAUCGAAAAAGGACAUCAAUGACCGUGUAUUGAUCCUCGUAAAAUUGAUACGCUCCUGGAAUCUGACAACUUCCCAUUACCAUUGA